UGCAUUUGAAGGAAUAGUCUUCAUUUUUGUUUUACAGAAGAUUGAAAUGAUUUUCCUGCUAGAUGGCAAACUAGAGUCAGCAGGUGGUUGGCUUAGGUUAGCAUAAAGAGCAGAAAUAGGGUUAUGCAGUUAUCAUUGUUCUGUCCAAAGGUGUAAAAAAAUGCCUAAAAGCACCUCUUCAGCUGGCUAAUUAACACAUUAUAUUGUGCAUAUCUAUUUACAUAUGAACAAAAAUGUUGCAAAAGGAGGUAUUUAUUGACCAGAAAACUAUUUCCUAGAGUCCUGUCAUCACGGUUAGAUUGACAGGAAACCAGCAUAGACUCCCAGAAGUCAGUGGUCAGUUCUUUAUUGUACUACAGUGCUAAUACAUGUAGUGCCAGCGCUUGGAUGUUAGAAAAGUGCAAUCUUUCCCUUAGCAAUUCUCAUUUAAGCAUAAAUACUCUGAACACAGCACCCUUACCAACAGACAGUGAAUGCUUUAGCUUGUGCAGCUGUGUAAUUGUUACACCCUAUGAUUCGAGUCAUUUAAAAAAAGUUUUACACUUCUUAGAUAAGUGUUGCUGACCUUGUAUGGUUCAAAUUAGUUUUAACUAAGAAGAAGCUCAGCCAACGUGGCAUUCUAAAUGUUCUUAUUCCACCAAAAGGCUACUAGGCGAAGUCAAGUCAAUUAUAUUAAUGUAACUCAUCAUUCAAAAUCACAAAUACAUUUGCCCCAAGGGCCUUUGCAAUCUGCCCAGACUACAACAUCCUCUGUCUGUAAACUCACAUUGUCAGGACAAGGCAAUUUGUUUAUUUUAUGCACAUUUUUGGUGAAAUUAUCCAUGUCAUGGAAAGUUUUUAACUUCGAGAGGCAAUGUAACUCUUGCUGUCUGUCCAACUAACCGAACAUAAUCUCUUUUCUCCCUUGACUGUCCCCUGCAGUUAGGGACAAAGUGUUUACCUAAUUGUUCAGGAUGUGUCAUCAUCCUGCAAAAGCAGUGGCAACAAACAACUCAUUAACAACCUCAUUAGGUAGAGUUUUUUCAGCUUUCAACUAGGGACUAAAGAGUAGUUGAGUUGUGAGCUAAAGUUGUUUCAUUUAGACUUUCAUGUGUUUUUUGUAUGAGAUGAAUGCAGUCCAUACAUAAGGCCUUUUCUGUAAUUUAUAGUGGCACAUACCUGUGGAAUCACUACGGCCAACAAUUCUUUUUUCUUAUCAGAAUAGGAUGGAUGUUAAGGGGUUCAAAUUUAGUAAAGAUGCGUUGAACAAAAAAAAAAAUAACUGAGCGUUCUCUUUCUGGGACUUUGCAAUAAUUGCUGUUCUCAUUAAAGUUGGUUUUCUUACAAGACUUUCCUUCUAUGAGUCUGUAGUUACCAGCAGGUAUUCUGGUUAUCAUUGCCAGAUAUACUGGCUCUUGUGCAAUGAGCGCUUUCUCAGUUACUUUUUUCUUUUUCCGCAUUUUUUUAUCUCGUUAAGUUACCGAUGGAUUGGCUAUAUUUUAAUUAACUUGUCCACAGUUUAACAAGGACUCAACUCAAGGCCUUUAGAAAAUACAUAGCUUAAAUUUUAUAAGUGGUUGUAUAUUUCAUCCACUGUUGAUUAAAUGAACCUAGAUGUCUCUCUGUCUUUCCCUUGGCCUUGAUGAUAAUGCAUUCUUUCUUAUCCUGCCCUGUUCCCAAGAGUGUGGCCGGCAUUUACAUGGAGGGACAGCCAAUUGCUAUAAGUUACAAAAAUCAGAGCAGUGCUGUAUACAUUCUUCACUAGCCAGCACCUAACGUGAGGAUACAGGACAUGAGUAAAAUUAAUGAUUAACAAGAAGCCGUCAGAUGGAAUUGUUCAACUCUGCUCUUGGGAAGAACAUCACGUUUUUCCAUCCUGCGUAUUUUAUAAUAGGUGGUUUUGUAGGAAUACCUGAUAUUGAUUAUUACUUUGUAUUUCUCUGUUUUAUUUACAUUCUUUCAUUUGUGGGAAACACAGCAGUAAUGACCAUACUAUUUUUGGAUAAUAGAUUAAGAAGUCCCAAAUAUAUUGCGGUUUUCAACCUAGCAUUUGUGGAUUUGUUAAGUAGCUCUGCUUUGGUGCCAAAGGUUCUUGACAUCUUUCUGUUUAACCAUCGAUAUAUUUCCUACAAUGACUGCUUGACAUUCAUGUUUUUCUGCUUCACUUUAAUUUCGAUGCAGGCUCUUAAUCUGGUUGCUCUCUCCUAUGACAGGCUGAUAGCUAUCCUCUAUCCACUGCACUAUCAUGUGAAGGUGACACACAAACGCAUGCUAUGUUUGAUUGCUUUUUUCUGGCUCUUUGCCAUUACUAGUAUGCUGACUGCAGUUGGCUUUCUCACGAGGCUUUCUUUCUGUAGAUCUGUGGUGAUUAACAGCUAUUUCUGUGACCAUGGUCCUAUGUUCCGGCUUGCCUGCAAUGAUAUUACUCCUAAUGUGGUAAUUGCAGGUAUUUUACCCAUUCUGAUACUUUGGUUUCCACUGUUUUUUAUCGUGGCAAGUUACAGCUCUAUUGGUUAUGCUUUGUCAAAAAUGUCUACAGUCCGGGAAAGAAUGAAGGCUUUUAAAACUUGUACAGGUCACCUUUCAUUAGUGGCAAUCUAUUUUCUUCCUAUUGUACUGGUUUAUGCGUUUGGCAGCAAAAUACAUCCUAAUGCUAGAAUCAUCAACCUGUCUUUGUCCACUGUUAUCCCUCCUAUGUUGAACCCAAUCAUAUAUGUUCUGCAAACACAAGAAAUCAAAGAAUCCUUGAAAAAGUUGUUAAAAAUCAGUGAGCAAUCCAAAAUUGCAAUGAAAACGUAAAACCUUUCACCUUUGUACUGUGCAGUAACAUCCACUGUCAAGCAGUAGUUUUAACCAUUGUUCAGCAACAUCAUACAAACAGAAUUAGCAGAAAUACAUCUGUCUUUUGCGUGCAUUUUUCAUAUGUUGAAAGCAAAUUGAAGUGAGAGUAGUAUCUUUAAAGAACAAUAAUAAAGUUGAAUGUAACCAGUUGUACUAUAAAAGACACAAUAUUGCGAAUUUUAUCUCUGAGCACACUGAUAACAAUAUGUAAAUCUAGACUGCAUUUAGAAGAACAUCUGUAUGGAAGUGCUUUGAAGGAAACUAAGUCAACAUUUAAUGCCAUAUUUGCAACAAAUGUAUCAAGGAAAAUGAUGCAAACUCUUGUACAUUUUAGUAUUUUUAUAACAGUAAAGAAAUCAGCUAAAUCAUUUCUACCACUUGUAUUUUCAUUCUGACAGGUUGCGGCACAUCUGUUCCAAUAUAACACAGUUUUAUAUUCACACAGUUUUUUAUGUCCCACUAUAUAAUCUUGUGACAUCAAAUAAUAAUUUGCAGUAUUUUAUUAGUAAAUUAGAUUUGAUGUUUUAUAUAAAACAACUGAAAAAUACCCUGCAGAUUCUGAUCACAAAACACAGAAUGAUCUUUCCUUAAAAUCUGUAACAGCAGUCCUACUAAGCCAGAGCUACAGUAACAUUUCCACCUUUG